UCAAUGCCAGAACUGUAAGGUAUACAAAUGCAAACCCCAGGUACCAAUGAUGGGCCCACUGCCCGAGGCUCGUUUAGCCUCAUUCGUACGACCAUUCAGCUACGUUGGCCUAGAUUUGUUUGGUCCGAUCUUGGUAAAGAGAGGAAGGAGCUCGGUGAAACGAUGGGUGGCUCUAUUUACCUGCUUAACGAUCAGAGCCGUCCACGUCGAAGUAGUUCACAGCCUCACAACAGAAUCCUGCAUUAUGAGCAUCCGGCGCUUUGUUGUUCGCCGAGGCGCACCACUGGAAAUCCAUUCGGACAACGGAACCAAUUUCCGUGGGGCUGACAACAUCCUUCAACAACAAAUAGGCCAGUUUCAGGAAGAUUUGGCAGCAACCUUUACUAACACUCACACCAAGUGGAUUUUCAUACCUCCAGGAACGCCGCACAUGGGUGGAAGCUGGGAGCGUAUGGUACGCUCAGUUAAAACGGCCAUGGAAAAAAGCUUGUGCGUAGGACGGAAGCUCGACGACGAAGCCCUGAAUACGUUCGUGGUGGAAGCUGAAGGUGUUGUCAACUCGCGUCCUUUGACGUACCUACCACUGGAUAGCGAGGAAGCUGAAUCACUGACACCGAACCAUUUCUUGCUUGGCAGCUCCAACGGCGUAAAACAACCGAGCAAGCAAUUUGUGGAUGAAGCUGUUGCUCUGAAGAACACCUGGAACCAAAUAGAAUCACAGUUGGACAUGUUCUGGCGUCGUUGGGUCCGGGAGUAUUUACCCACCUUGGCUCGUCGUACAAAGUGGUUCAACGAAGUCCAAGAGAUUGGUGUGGGGAAUCUAGUUGUGAUCGUGAACGAAUCUAAAAGAAAUGGGUGGGUGCGAGGUCGGGUUCUGGAAGUCUUCCCCGGGACAGACGGGAGAGUUCGGCAUGCAAUAGUGCAAACAAACAAAGGGUUAUCAAGGCAAUCGGUCAGUAAAUUAGCGGUGUUGAAUGUUGAGCAAACUGGUGACUCUGAGCCAGAUGCUGGCAAUGGUCAGCGUCACGAGGGGGAGGAUGUUAAGAACGGCAACACUGGAUAAGUAAGGCGUCGCGGAGAAAUGCAGUUCAGUGGCGAGUCAUCUGACAGCUAAUCCGACUAGGCGUAUUUCUCCGUCUCUUUUCUCCACGUCAUUCGGAACGGACCUGUCGUCGAGCAUUACGAGUGCGAAAUUGCAGUAAUUUCAAUUUAAAUACUAAGUUUCUUGUGACACAAUUGCGAAGAUCUUAAAACUAAUAGUACGGUUUGUUAGUACGGCGAAGUUCUGUUGAAACGGACAAGCUCAGUUGCAGGACAAUAACUACGAACCGUCCAGUUUUAGAUCAAUCAUCCACUAUUUAAAAUACUAAAUUGUUUGCUACAUAACAACGGAAUUAGUUAUACUAGGUAUGAGUUGGUUUAAAACUUAAUACUAAAUUAUUAUAAAACCUAAUUACAUGUAGUUACAGCAAACA